UACAACAAGGAACUCAAAAUACUCAAAAAAACGCAAGUAGUAAACAACUUGGCCAUAUAAGGGGAAUGAGAUGAGAAACGAUAGCAGAUCAUAAUAGUCUUACUUAAGACUUAGGGGUCCUUUUGGUCUGGUCAGUCAACAACCAUAGCUAACGUUAACUAGCAGCUAACGUUAACGUUACCUUGACUCUUUGCAAUGCUUCAGGUGUCACUGACUAAAAUAGUUUCAACAGUUGUAUCAUUCUCACGGGAAAAGAAACGUGAGACCUUAGUAUGGACAAUAGCGCCAUUUAUGUCCGAGAAAGAGGCAACCUUCGUCGUGUCAGUGACAUAGUCCUGGCACAGCCAAAGCCGGUGUCAUCAUGCAGAAGGACAAAUCCGUUUGUGCUGAGAAAAGCGAACUUCAUAUUCACCUACAAUGCUGAAGGAAGUCUGAGAUACACCACAAAAUCUCUCUUUGAAAUCACUCUGUUAUUCGUAGCUGACAACAUUCACCAUGUGGACUCUCUGGUGGGCUUCCCUGAGCAAAUAGGAGACAGACUUUUUGCAGCAGCAGAGGAGAAUCGUGUGUUUUUAAACGCAGACAUUUCUCCAAAAGCCCUGCAGUUAUUCAGUGAUGCAUAUGGGGAAAUGGUGCUUGGAUCCCUCUGUCUAAGAAAUAGAUUUCCACUCUUACAUGAGAGAUUGGAUGAAAUAAAGACAUUUCAUAGUUUGAAGUCUCUGGAUCUGUUUGGCUGCAGACUGGGCGAUGAUCAUGAGAUAUUUCAGCAUCUAACAUCCAGCUCAUUGGCAAGCAGCCUAAUUCAGCUUUUCAUUGGUGGCAACAGUCUGUCAGAUGUCGGCCUACAAAGAUUGACUGCUCCCAUCCGGAUGCUGAGGAAGGGACUGGACUGUCUUCAGUUACUUGAUGUUUCCUAUAACCCUAUCUCAGUGAGGGCUCUAAGAUACCUCACGUGCCUCCCCAAACUUGAAAAUCUUGAUGUAUCUGGGACCAGUUUGAAGCUUGGCACAGGAUUGAAGACAACCAUGUGGGACCUGUUGAGGCUCAAUUACUCUGAGAAACCACUGGACACCUUUGAUCAUUUAAAAUGUAAAACAGAAGGCUGGGCACAGCAGGUUGUAAACCAGUGGGAAACAAAUAGCUCACAAAUGCCAAAACAGAAGAAAAUCGAUGAAUCCAGAGCAUCAGCACUUCGCUUUUUUGGCAGGCAGAAGUUUGUCAGAGAAGUCCUGAAUGCAGCACCCUUGGUAUGUGAGAGCGAGGAAGAGACCAAGAGAGAGAGACUGCAUUUCUUCAGACCUGCAGCAAACAAUCACAUACCAGAGAAACAAACUCCUUCCACAACAAAUAAUCAAGCAAAGCCUGCCUGGCACAAUAUCAAAAAAAGGCAGCGUCAGUCGGAAAGGUGUGACAGUUCAAAUCAAAGUCCUCCAACAAAACGUUUGUCCUCAUCAGCUCUUACUGCAGAGGACAUGGACUUGUUGAAUAGCUAUUGAGGUAUGUGUCCAUGUAGCAUUCCACAAAUAGCAACUUGAGUAUGUCGGUUAAGCGUUAACAUUAUGGCUCAAAUGAACAAGAUGAUUUCCAAGAUGAUUUACACUGGGGAACUGUAAACACUUUUUCUUGGAUACAGGUGACGUUUAUAUAUAUUGUUUUAUAAAUAAAGUUUAGUAUCUUGUAUGUG